AUGUAUACUUUAGAAGGAAAAUUAAAGGAAAUUUAUGCAUGUGUGUGGUCCCAUAUGAAUGCUCACCAAAGGGGGACUUCAGCAGAGGAAAAUUUUAAUAAUCAAGUGGAUAGGGCAACCUGUUCUGUGUAUGCUAGCCAGCAUCUUUCCCCAGGUACCCUUGUUAUUGCCCAGUGGGCUUAUGAACAAAGUGGCCAUGAUGGCAGGGAUGGAAGUUAUGCAUGGGCUCAGCAACAUGGACUUCCACUGACCACUGCCAACUUGGCUGUGGUCACUGCUGAAUGCCCAAUCUGCCAGCAGGAGACACCAACUUUGAGUUCCUGAUAUGGCAUCAUUCCCUGGGGUAAUCAGUCAGCUACCUGGUUGCAGGUUGAUUACAUGGGACCACUUUCGUGGAAAGGUCAGUACUUUGUUCUUACUGGGAUAGACACUGCAUACAGAUUUGCAUACAGCAUUGCUUCUGAUCAAGUAACUCAUCUCAAAGAAAAAUGAGUAUGGCAAUGGAGCCAUGCUCAUGGAAUUUACUGGUCUUCCCAUGUUCACUAUCCUGAAGCAGCUGGCUUGAUAGAGUUAGGAUGCCAUUUGAAAACUAAGUUACCACACCAGUUAGGUGGCAGUUCCUUGCAGAGCUGAGGCAAGGUUCUCUUGAGGGCUGUAUAUGCUCUGAAUCAGCAUACAAUAUAUGAUGCUGUUUUUUCCAUAGUCAGGGUCCAUGGGCUCAGGUAUCAAGGGGUGGUGGGAGUGGCACUACUCACCAUUACCUGUAGUAACCCACUAGCAAAAUUUUUGCUAUCUGUUCCUGUAACUUUAUGUUUUGCUGGCCUAGAGGUCUUAAUUCCAGAGGGGGGAAUGCUUCUACCAGGAGACACAAUGUUUCCAUUAAACUGGAAGUUAAGACAUGUCCACUGUGAAGUCCUCAUGCCUCUGACUCAGCAGGCAAAACAGGAAGUUCUUGUGCUGGCUGGAGUGAUUGGUCCUGAUUAUCAAGGAGAACUUGGACUGCUUUUCUACAAUGGAGGUAAGGAAGAGUAUGUCUGGAAUAAAGGAGAUCCCUUAGAUUGUCUCUUAGUAUUACCAUGCCCUGAAUAUGGUCAACUACAGCAACCCCGUCCAAGUAGGACUGAUGGCCUAGACCCUUCAGGAAUGAAGAUCACCCUGCCAGGUAAUGAGCCAUGACUAGCUGAGAUGCUUGGUGAAGGCGAAGAGAAUACAGGAUGUCUGGUAGAAGAAGGUAGCUAUAAAUAUCAGCUACAACCACAUGACCAGUUACAAAAAUGAGGACUGUAA